AUGAAACGAACGGUUGAACUUAUGCCUGAUUUCCGACGUAUGAACAAGGCAGGAUUCAUCGGAGAUAGGACCAGACACGUCCUAACUUUCAACCCUAACCCUGCCAAACCCGGACAAGAAAUUUAUGUUAAUAUUCCAAAGCUAAAAGCCGACUCCGUUCUCGUACCGGACAGUAUGGCUUUGGUCUUCGACUUUAAGAACAGUAACACAAAAUCCUGGUUCAUAAACAACUUUGGAAAGCUACUCCAAAAAAGACUGGAGAUUCGCCUUGCAGGAGAAAAGGUUUACGACAACAGUGGAGAAAGCUUGCUGUUGGUCUACAAAGACCUAUGGUUACACAGGAAACAGCGUAACGACAUGGUGGAGGAUGGUAUUGCUGGCGAAGUCACAAGGAAAAAAAACAAAGACGAUGCUGCAAACGACGAUGAGGAUGCUACCGCAUUGUUCGAAGUAUGGACUUUACUACACCCCACACAAUAUGGCAAACGAUCUACAGUAUGUCAUAACCCUACGAGCGGCAGAUGA